AUGGAACUGGGUUUGAUCUUGAUAUUCAUGUCAACGUUUGUGGGUGCAAAGGACAGGGAGCUGGAAGAAUUUGUCGAGAGGGAUAUCAAGGUCUUUUUUUCAUCUUAUCCUGCACAGGUUCUCGGGCUAGAGGAGGAAAGCGGGAUCCUGGUAUCCCAUAGCAAGUAUGUGAAUCCAAGCAAAUACAAGUUUAUUACAAGAGCAAGGAUAGUAAAGUCUGGAGGCAAAUACAUUAUGAUAUUUGGAGAGAACAACGUCUGCAAGGACGGGAAUUCCGUGAUCAAGUGUAAGGAGGAAAGGCCCUGGGACAUAGAUCGAAAGGAGUUCGGCUACACAAUCUCCUCUGGAAACAAAUGCAUUACAAAGGGACCUGAUGAAACCAUCGAGAUGAAGGCCUGUGUCAAUACUGAGGAUCAGAUAUUCAACUUCAAGCUUGCCGAUAUCGGGGGGUGUGGAAGUCUCGAGUCUCUGGCAGGGAAUGGAUCCCCCAAAAAUACAACUACCAACGUGAAUAUAUUCCAUCCCGAUCAUGAGCACUUACCGUCUAUAAAGAUAAAAUCAAGGGGAAACGUGAGUAAGAACAUCAUUCUUCCUACCAAUGGGAUCGAGAGUAGAGAUGAAUGCUCCUCCUAUGAAGAAGACAUGGGCGGCCAUAUAAUUGAGGAGGUGGAUCGUCCGCUAUAUGAGGAUGUUGUUCCCGAAAGAAGGGUGGUUGUUAAACGCCUGCAGAAGAAAAGACACUAUCCUAGGAGAAGGAGAACCUACGUUGAGCAUCACCACAGGCCCCAUCAUUAUGGAAACAGAGGCUUCUUUGGAAGAGAGCCCAUAGUUUUCUAG